CCGGUGCUGUGAGCGCUGCGGUGCGCUGCGCUUUGCGGGUCUUCCACUCACGACUCCACGUUAAUUAACCUCUCAAACAGUCUUUGUCCUCCACUCAUUCCGCGGUGUUACCAUUAUUAUUAUUUUUUAAAUCACUAAGUUUGGGCUUUUCUCCAAGUUUUCUCCAACGCCGCAUUUUCUCCGGCUGUUAUGAAGAAAAAGGCGACGGCGGCAAGUUGACUCUCCAGUUUUGAAACCAGCCCGGUGCAGGUGCAAUAACAGGCUACACAUCAGUAUCCCGGCGCCGGAGAGGAUGGCUCUGCAGGCGGCCAACGUGAGCGUGGCGGACGGCUGUGUGGAGAAGGGGAACCUCAGCAUGGAAGUUACCGACUAUAAUAUCAGCUGCACCAACAGCUCCGUACUCCCCAAAUCCACCAGAGUCAGAGAGAUGGACUCGCUGCGCAUCCUGCUCUACUCGCUCAUCUUCCUGCUCAGCGUCUUCGGUAACCUGCUGAUUAUCGUGGUCCUGAUGCUGAACAAGCGCAUGCGGACCGUCACCAACUCCUUCCUGCUGUCGCUGGCGGUCAGCGACCUCAUGAUGGCCAUCUUCUGCAUGCCCUUCACGCUCAUCCCCAACAUCCUGGAGGACUUCAUCUUCGGAGGUGCCAUGUGCAAAACCGUCUCCUACUUUAUGGGGAUCUCCGUCAGCAUCUCCACCUUCAGCCUCGUGGCCAUUGCCAUCGAGAGAUAUAGCGCCAUCUGUAACCCGUUGAAGUCCCGCUCAUGGCAGACCCGAUCCCAUGCCUAUCGCGUCAUCGCUGCCACAUGGGUGGUGUCGCUGCUAAUCAUGGUGCCCUACCCGGUGUUCAGUGUCCUCAGGUCUUUUUCCAAGACAAACGGUACUGUGGGCCAUAUGUGUCGCCUGGACUGGCCCAGCCAGCAAGUUGAACAGACCUGGUAUGUGCUGCUGCUGUUCACUCUGUUCUUCGUCCCAGGAGUGGUGAUGAUUAUAGCCUACGGUCUGAUCUCCAGAGAGCUCUACCGAGGCAUUCAGUUUGAGCUGAACCAGAGCACAGAGACCACCGGCCAGAAGAACGGCGUUCGAAGGGCUGUCGCAGGCUCGAGCGAUGACGACGAUGGUUGCUACAUCCAGGUGUCUAAAAAACCCUCCUCCGCCGUGGAGCUCCCCACCCUCUCUGCCUCGUCCAGCGCCACCCAGGUCAAAAGCGAGCGCCCCCGCAGCAACGCCUCGGAGGCCAAGCUGCAGGCCAAGAGGCGAGUCAUCCGCAUGCUGAUGGUGAUCGUGGCGCUCUUCUUCAUCUGCUGGAUGCCCCUGUACACAGUCAACACCUGGAAGGCCUUUGACCUGAAUUCGGCCACCAGAACCCUCUCAGGAGCACCCAUCUCCUUCAUCCACCUGCUGUCCUACUCCUCGGCCUGCGUCAACCCCAUCAUUUACUGCUUCAUGAACACGCGCUUCCGCAAGGCCCUGCUGUCCACCUUCGCCUGCUGCUGGCGCAACCGGCUCUGCCGCCUGUGCUGCUGGUGCAGGAGGAGGGAGGCAGGAGAAGACGGCAUCACCGCCACCUCCAUGGCCACGUCGAUGGCGACCUCCAUGUCCAAGUUCAGCUACACCACCGUCAGCACCACAGGCACCUGCUGAGCCUCGAGGAGCGCUGGGUGGUCGCCUCAGUGGCUAACGGGCAGCGGUUACUGUGUGCACAUCAGUUUUUUUUUUUUCAAUCUUCUGUUUUUCAUCUUAAUAUGCUGUGAGUCACGCGCUGAGUAAUAUCCCUGCCCUAGUUUAUGAAGUCUUUUUAAAAGGUCUCCAUCAAAUUCUGCGUGCAUGGUUGCAGAAUGUGAGUCGGGGGGCGUUUCAGUUUGGUGACGUUCUUUUUCUUCUGUUUAAUUGGCAGCAUCCGCUUUGUUGCAUCCUGGAGAGAACAUCAAGUGCCUGUGCUCUUUGUGUGGCUUCGUUUGUCAUGGUAGUUUGUUCACUGGCUCAGACGGACAUUUAAGUGAAAAACUCCAGAAAAUAUUAAUCUUCUGUACCUGUAAAUAUUGUUUUCAUGUUCUUACUGUGCCAAAGGUAAAUUUUUUGACAGAGACAUACUGUUGAACGACGAGGACUCAUUAACUCAGUAAUGAAUCAGUAUGGAUUUCUGCUCCUUUCAUGUUUAAUGUUGUUUCAUUCAUUCAGGCUAUCUCUCUCUCUCUCUGUUAUCAGAAUUAUUCUUCUGAACGACUUGGACAUCGUUCAGUCCCAAAUUCCUCAAAUAUUUGAGCACCAAGAAAAAAUCCUGCUUACAACCAAAAUAUAUCAAAGGGAGUUAGUGCAGCUUUUUCUUGCUUAGUGUUUUGCUCUUAUUGAAUUCAUUUGGCUGCAUUUACUGGCCUCCUAGUAAUAACAGGUUGUUUUUGAACCUUUUGCGGCACCGCUUUGUGAUUCAGGCCGAUGAGGGCAGGUGCAGGUUUACAUAAACAUCUCGAAGAUAAACAUCUGAAGACCGUAAAUUUAAUUUAACGUCAUGCCACGCAUAAAUAAAAAAGCCUGGUUUCAGAAUCAGGCUAUUUUCUCGUGUUGAUCCACUCUGCAGUAUAACAAACUGUUAUCAAACAGGCUUAGUCAGAACUUAAAUCCCCCUGUCGCCACUGCUACAAAUGUAUAUUGAAUACUGAUGCAGACAUUAACAUCCGGAUGUGAAUUAGCAGAAAAUGUCCGUCCAUGAAAGGCUGAAGGUACCUGCCUGUUGCUCCAGUCUGCCCCUGCUACAAAUGGCACAGAAAAGUGCUUUAGUCAAACUCACCUUUUCUGCUCAAUUAUCUCAGUGGUGUCUUUUAUGUACUCUCUCUGCCUUCCGCUUCAGUGCUGCCAAUUACUCUGAGCAUUACCUAAGUACAAAGACCCCGUUUCCAGGCUUAGACUAACGAGGUGUUUCUCAGGGACCCUCUCCUGCAGAGCAGAUCUCAUGGCUUUGCCUUUGUGAAACGUACGACAAAUGGCUCCACUAAUGCACCACAUCUUAGCUCUUCAAUUCUCUAAUAAUAAUAAUAAUAACAACGACAAACUUGAUUGAAAUAUCAUUUUCCCUUUAAAGAAUGGAGCUCAAACGGUGCUAUGAUAAGGGGAAUCAAGAAAAGGACAAAGUAACAUUAGUAAUAGAAAAAAAAAAAAAAGCAGUAAUAGUAUUGAAAGACAAAACUAGUUUAUUUAAAUUCUGGAUAUAAGCUCCCCUCGGGAACACAUUCAGACCUUGCAUGUAAACAAACCAGUGUGUAAAGAUGCAGUUAGCGAUAGUACCUAAUCCAGAGGGAUAUUUUAUGUGUUAACUUUGGUUUGGACUGAUGAUUUAUGCAGGCUUUUGCCCUGUUAUACAUUGUUUAGCCACGUUUCCUGUAACUCUGAAGAGAAGAUGGCAAGUGCAAAGUUAGCUAAAAAUACCCAAAUUUCCUACUGAAUCAUACAUAUAUUCGUCUACAGCGUUAAGGCAGACUUUGUCCAAUGAUAGAUAUUAUUAUAAUGACAGGAUAUGUUAAUUAAAAAAUUUAAAAUUCUCAUGGAAAUGAUUCAGGAUUUCAUUCAUAAAUUCACUCCCUUAUGCCAAAAUAUGCGCAUGAUAGUGUUGCAGUAAAUAAUUUAACACCACCGUUAAGAUAUAGUUUGCCUCUGCAGCACAAAAAUAUCUGGAUUGGUGUUAAGCAGUGUGAUGUAAUACUUUUGUCCUACAUACGGUGUACGUUGACAGCUUAGCGCUGUCAUUUCCUAUCACUUUCAAGUUCGGUCCUCUUUUUCAUGUCCUCCCAUUGCCUUGCACUCCCUGUCCCUGCAGCCCCAUCACCCGCCCACCAUCUUCCUUUAAAAAAAAUAAUUUUUCAUUGCAGAGGCGUAUGAAUACAUGAAUGACAAUGGCGUGUGGGUGACAGCUGAGAUUUGCAGACACAAGCACUGUCCGAGAGCAGUGUACAGGCAGUGGCAAGGGUGGAAGGGAGUUCGGCUCGCAGUAAGACAAUUGGCACACAAAAAUCCCAGCAGAGCCUCGCCAGUAAACACUUUGUCUGGCGGCCUCCACUCUGUGUGUGCUUUUGUAAUUAAGGCAGGAGACAAUGAGUGAUUUCCAUAUCUUUGCCAGCACUUGGUGCAACGGAGAGCCUUGUGGAUUCAGUCAGGAUUUAUUUCACUGUCUGUGCACCUUUCACCUUCCAUUAAAUUUGUAUUCAAAAGUUUUUUUUUUAACAUUAUGAAAUUGGGGGAUAGUUUAAUAAAAUGCAAACUGUUAAGUUUGUUCAAUUAGCAUGGCUGAGCAAGAAUAAAGAAGAAAAUCCUCUUAAUCACAGUUGUUUCUUAUUUCAUAGCCUGUAGAUGUAUUACCUAAUAACAAAAUAAAUCUCAGUCUCUGGCCAUGUGCAUUAUGAAGGAACAGUACAAAAACUUCUGAGUAACCUCGCUCAUAUAAUAACUUAUAAGGUAAAAAAUUAUUUGGCAAAAGUUAGAUGUCAUGUCUAAAUGCUACAUAUAAAGUUACAGCCAGUAUGCAGUUAGCUUAGCUUAGCUUAGCUCUGUCCAAAGUUUAAAAAAAAGUCCACCCAGCCUUUUCCCUUGUUUCCUGUCAAACUGUUGCUUCAUAGAGACACGUACAGACACGAGAGUCGUAUAGCUAUUCUUCUCUCUCUUUGCAAGUAAGCAAAUACCUUAAAACUUCAAUUAAUAGCCCAAGUUUUUAUUUGCUUCACCCACUGAACUCAACCUUCCUCCACAUGGGACAGGCCUUUAAUUCCUUUUGCACACAACUCUUGCUCAUCAGAUCAUAUCAGAUUGUUUUAUUUAAACCAGUAUGAAUAUUAUUUCUAUGGAAUAACAUAUCAAUUAUGAAUUGAGCAUCUGAUACUUGGGUGUUCACAAUUUCCAUAAAAUGAACUGAACGAUUCAAAUGUGGAGAAUCUAAGUCAGCGAACGAUGUGUCCAUAUUGACAAAACAUGUAGGCUUGUAAAGGAGACCUGCCUCUAAUUGGCACCCUCCUUUUAAUUAUUUUAAGGUAAGAAAAAAUAAAAAGCACUUCUACCACUGCAAGACUCUCCUCAGUAACUCUGAAUGUCUUCUGAAAGAAUAGAUUUUUACCAUAACACAGUAAGUUUACAGACUCCUUAAAAACGAGGUGAAAAUGCCCCUCCAGGGGUGAGAAAUCAAAUUCUUACCCUGUCCCCAGAACAAUGCCUGAUGCAAAUUGAAACUGAAAACAAUUGAGACGAAGGCAUAGGACCAUGCACACAGUCGGUUUCUCUCUUAUCUCUACCUCCCCCAAGAAGAAGCCCAUUAGGUGCUUCAGGCGGCACACACAGGAAGG